UGGCCGGCCUCGCGCGUGCGCGGUGCGGCGGCGGCGGCGGCUCGCGGGCGGCUUGAGCGGCCGAGGCGAUGGGGCUGAGUCGUGUGCGCGCGGUCUUCUUUGACCUGGACAACACGCUCAUCGACACGGCAGGGGCGAGCCGGAGAGGCAUGUUGGAGGUAAUAAAGCUCUUACAAUCAAAAUACCACUACAAUGAAGAGGCAGAAAUCAUCUGUGAUAAAGUUCAGGUUAAACUCAGCAAGGAAUGCUUUCAUCCUUACAGUACAUGCAUUACAGAUGUGAGGACUUCACACUGGGAAGAAGCAAUCCAGGAAACCAAAGGUGGUGCUGACAAUAGGAAACUGGCAGAAGAAUGUUACUUCCUGUGGAAGUCUACACGUUUACAGCAUAUGAUCCUGGCAGAAGAUGUCAAAGCCAUGCUCACUGAACUUCGCAAAGAGGUCCGCCUACUCUUGUUAACAAAUGGUGACAGACAGACACAGAGGGAGAAGAUAGAGGCUUGUGCCUGCCAGUCUUACUUUGACGCUAUUGUUGUCGGAGGAGAGCAGAAAGAGGAGAAACCAGCACCUUCCAUAUUUUAUCACUGCUGUGAUCUCCUUGGAGUGCAGCCAGGAGACUGCGUGAUGGUUGGUGACACACUAGAAACCGAUAUACAAGGAGGCCUCAAUGCAGGACUGAAAGCCACAGUCUGGAUAAACAAGAGUGGAAGGGUGCCGCUGACGUCAUCCCCCAUGCCUCACUAUAUGGUUUCCUCUGUGCUGGAAUUACCUGCUCUCCUACAAAGCAUAGACUGCAAAGUCAGCAUGUCUGUGUAGUGCACAGAGGAACACAGCAACCAAGUGCAGAGCCAGUUGACGGGGCAGAACUAAUGAACACCGAGGCAUUCUGUGUUUGUUUUCAGUUCCAAGAAUAAUGUGAGUGAGGGAUUCACGGCCAUGCUGUGAAGAUCCUCCCAGCCCUGCCGCUGUUGAUAACCAUAGCCUUGUACUCAGAAAACUUGAAGGAAGGCAGGAUAGCUUACAUGUGGAUAUGAAGGUACUGGUUUACAGCAUAGAAAUAGAUAUUUUUUUAAGAAAUAGAUAUUCUAAAAUAGAAAUUCAAGCAACUAAAUCAGGUCGGCAUAAGUACUAAAUCAUACAAAUCAAAACAUUUCAUAGUAAAAUUUUGCAUAUUUUAGACAAUUUUUUUGUUAAAACAUUUUGCCUACUUUCAAUGUGUAUGUUCUUAUCUAUUUGAUUUUUCUGCAUGAAUUUUGAAGGGCUUAAUUUUCUGUGGUGUGAACAUGACAGAUUGUUAUCAUUUGGAGAAAAAAUAAUAAAAAUCAACCCAUGGUG